AUGUCCUCAGUAUCCAUCGAGACAGACCCUUCAGGAUACGCCAAGAUCGCAUCCUCAGGAUUCACCCAACCAACCUCCCCAGUAUCCGUCGAGACAAUCUCCCCAGGAUACGCUGAGACCACGUCCACAGGACAUGCUGAGACAGCCUCCUCAGGAUAUGCUGAGACCACAUCCUCAGGAUACGCCGAGACCAUGUCUUCAGGAUCCACCCAGAUAACCUCCCCAGGACCCACUAUCGAUGCCAGAUUCACAGAUGUAGAACCUGCAGAUACACACACCUACACUAACUAUAUCACCGCAUCGACCAAUACCUUUGACGGUCACCGCACCGAUUCCGUUGACUCUUCCACCGACCGUAACAUGGAUCCGUCAAUACGGAUAGGUCCACCGACAUCGCCGACCGCGAAUACGCCAACUCCCAUUAAUAGAUCCUUGUCACAGGACCCCGUCAGAGAUGAGAAUGGGCGGGGUGUCGUUGAAGCAUUGAAGAAGACACUUCAUCGUAUGCGUACCAGGCUUGAAAAAGUACCUGCACCUGGUGUACAGGCUUUCCUCAGAAUCAAUCUUGGCGUGGUUGAUCUGAUAGAGACAUCGCCUAACGAGCAUGGGUUUCAAGGUAUCUAUGCUUUGAUGCAGAAAGUAAACGAUCGAUAUAGCACCAUGAUAAGAAGGUAUCAGAUAGCCGAAGAACUGCAAAGAAAGAUCGCUUCCAUUGCCAGUAAUAUUAACGAGUUUGUUCCUGCGCUGUCAAAAUUACUCGAUGAAAGGUCUCUCGAGCACUCUUUGAUCACCGGGGAUGGCCGUCUUCUGGUCACUCGUUUUCUACGCUGUAUCAAAGAAGAACUAGACUCAUUGGAGGAUGUUGCAGCUAUCCCCGCAACUACCAAGAUACCAAUCUCCACAUUAGAGUCCGUAUCGGGGACCCGGGGUGCUGUUCGGCCAUUCCAGGGGGGUGUUAACAUCGAGAUCACGGUGCAGUCUGGACCAGCGAACGUUAUCGUGUCGACAGUUCAGCGUCCACCGUCACCCAGUUUCCAUGAUGACAUACAAGGAGUCUCACCUCAAUGUCCUAGGAUCCCCUCGCUUGAUAUACCUUCCUUCAAGGUUUGGGACGAAUCCCCAGGUGGAGGAUAG